CACUAGACUCGGUGUCCCGCCAACUCUGCAGCUCAGUCCAGCCCUGCCCUUGGGGAACGUGGGUAGGGGGUGGGAGAGGCUCUUCUGGGGCUCCAUCAAAGAGCGUGUACUUUUCUCACAGCGAUGCUCUCCGAUCCUGGGGUGUGCCCUUCUCUGGCAAAAAAAGGAGCGCCUAGAUGCGCCCUCGGGUCAUUCUGCCGCAAGAUUCCGGUGUCGGCCCUCCUCUUAGCCGGAGUGGGCAUGCUGGUCGCCUUUCUCGGCACGCUCGGCUGCUUGGUACCGGCCCCAGGUUUGAGCAUGAGCAUGGCAGAAGGGGAUACCCUGAUAUCAGUGGAUUAUGAAAUUUUUGGAAAGGUGCAAGGAGUGUUUUUCCGCAAGUACACUCAGGCUGAGGGUAAAAAGCUUGGAUUAGUAGGCUGGGUCCAGAACACUGACCAGGGCACAGUGCAAGGACGAUUGCAAGGGCCUACCUCCAAAGUACGUCAUAUGCAGGAAUGGCUUGAGACAAAAGGAAGUCCCAAGUCACACAUCGACAGAGCAAGCUUCCACAAUGAGAAGGUCAUCGUAAAGCUGGACUACGCAGACUUCCAAAUUGUGAAAUAAUGGUCUGCAUUUAAAUUUUCCAAGAUACUUAGCGGUUUUGUUUUUUAUUGUUAAUAGAGAUAGAACUAUUCUGUGUUCAAUAUUAGAAUUUGUCAAUAAGUUAUUUUAGCAUCGUUACUUGAUGGUUACUGUGUAUUAUAUGUGUGAUGAAAGAAUUACAACUAUAUGCAAUUCUAACCAAUAAAAACAGAACUUUCUGUGUAAGAUAACUUA